UGUCAACGCCUAAAAACAUUUCGUACACACAAAUGGACUACUGUUUAGGUCUGUAUAAAAAGCAAUUAAAUCUUGACUGAUAACAAUAGACAUUUAAAAAUGAAAUUUUCUGUUUUAUUCUUAACUGAAAUAAUACAAUAGUCGUCGCCUGGAAUUCGCAAGCUUAGUACACAUUUGGGCGUCGACAAGCAACUCACACUGCUCUCAACAUUUAAAUUGAGCAAAAUGCCUGCCCGUCGUCAAGCACUGUUACUUUCUUCAUCAAAUUGUCAUGGCUAUUCAAUGUUGGAAUUUGCGAAAAAAGAAAUAUGCAAUAUCCUCAAGAAGAAUGAAAUAAGUGAGCUGGUCUUCAUCCCCUAUGCUCAAAAGGAUCAUGAUACUUACACAGCGAAGAUUAAAGAAGUCAUGGAACCAUGGGGAAUUGAUGUAACAGGCCUUCAUACCUAUCCUUAUGUUAUUGACAAAAUUAAAAACUCUAAAGCCAUUUUCAUAGGGGGAGGAAAUACAUUCCUUCUAUUGAAAACACUGUAUGAAAAAGAACUUUUGCAACUAAUCAAAGAAAAAGUUGAUGAAGGUAGCCUGGUAUAUCUGGGUAGUAGUGCUGGUACAAAUGUUGCUACAGCAAGCAUUCAUACUACUAAUGAUAUGCCUAUAAUUUAUCCUCCAAGUUUUAAUGCCAUUGGUAUUGUGCCUUUCAACAUCAAUCCCCAUUACACUGACAUGAUCAGUGAAACACACAAAGGUGAAACAAGGGACCAGAGAAUAUAUGAGUAUUUACAAAUGAUGCAUGCUAAACCAGUGCUUGGGUUGAAGGAGGGCUCAAUGCUGCAUGUUGAUGGAUCUCACUUGACUAUAAAGGGAAUUGCUGGAGCAGUGCUAUUCAGAAGGUUUGACAAGAAGCCGGAAUAUUUUCCUCCUGAUUCAGAUGUAUCAUUUCUGUGGGAACCAUUCAAAGAAGUUUAAACUCACAUACUUUUGAUGGCUACAUAUUUUACUUGAAAUUUAUUCAUAUAUCAAUUAUUAAAUUAAGACUGAUCUUGUAUAAACAAAGUGUAUAUUAUGUAACCAGAAUUGUACUAAAUAUAGAGUUAUAUUUACCAUA